CCACGGCCACCGCCUGCAAUUGUUGCUACUCGCUUAUUCUCAUUUCCGUCUCUACCAAAGGCUUCACACUCUCAGAAAUCGCCGCUGUACCUCUUCAACCCACUCUCAGAUCCUCCGUCAACCCGAGCACGCCUGCAUUUUGUUUGAAUGGAUCCGGUAUCUGCCGACUCAUCAUCUCAACCUCUGGCUACAGCCUCUGAUGAUGAACAUUCUGCUGCUGCUGUCUCUCUGCAAGAUAGUAAUGCACAUCAAACACCAUCUAUUUCAUCUUCUUCUGGGAUAUCAUCUUGGACUAGAAGUCUGAAAUUUCCGCAAUCCUUUGGGGCAGCACAAGAGGACUCUCAAAAUGGAAAUGCUGGGACAUCAACAUUUGCACGUUUCACUAGUGGGUUAGGAUUGCGGAUCAGUCCAGUGGCAAACAUACCAGCCGAGAAUAGUGAAGGAGUGACAGAAACUGCCCAAUCUGGCGUUCUUGAAUCAUUCACAAAAGGGUUGGUUGACUCAUCUCGAAGCGCAGUGAAGGCUAUGCAGGUCAAAGCACGUCAUAUUGUCUCUCAAAACAAACGAAGAUACAUGGAGGGAGGAUUUGAUUUGGACAUGGCAUAUAUCACUGAGAAUAUAAUUGCUAUGGGAUUCCCAGCUGGUGAUAUAAGCUCUGGGAUUUUUGGAUAUUUUGAGGGAUUCUAUCGGAAUCAUAUGGAAGAAGUGAUUAAGUUUUUUGAAACUCACCACAAGGGAAAAUACAAAGUCUACAAUCUUUGUUCAGAGAGGUUGUAUGAUGCAUCACUAUUUGAGGGGAAGGUAGCGAGCUUCCCAUUUGAUGACCAUAAUUGUCCUCCUAUCCACCUCAUAAAAUCAUUUUGUCAAAGUGCAUAUUCAUGGUUGAAGGAAGACAUUCAGAAUGUUGUGGUUGUUCACUGUAAAGCUGGUAUGGCGAGGACUGGAUUGAUGAUUUGUAGCCUUCUCUUGUUCCUUAAGUUCUUCCCAACAGCCGAGGAGGCCAUUGAUUACUACAACCAGAAAAGAUGCAUUGAUGGGAAGGGUCUGGUUCUCCCAAGUCAGAUUAGGUAUGUCAAAUAUUUUGAGCGUGUCUUAACAUACUUCAAUGGUGAAAUUCAGCCUGCGCGUAGGUGCAUGCUAAGGGGAUUUCGGCUACACAAGUGUCCUUAUUGGGUUAGGCCAUCCAUUACCAUCUCCAAUCACAAUGGAAUUCUGUUCUCAUCAAGAAAGCAUCCAAAAACAAAGGAUCUAAUGCCAGAAGAUUUCUGGAUCAGUGCAUCAAAGAAAGGGAUUGUUGUCUUCGCUCUACCAGGAGAGCCUGGUCUGACUGAGUUGGUGGGAGACUUCAAAAUUCAUUUUCAUGACCACCAAGGAGAUUUCUAUUGUUGGUUAAAUACAACAAUGACAGAAAACAGAAAAAUGCUGAACACCUCUGAUCUUGAUGGUUUCGAUAAGAGAAAAUUGCCUUCUCCGGGGUUCCAGGUUGAAGUUGUUAUGAUAGACCACGAUGGUUCUUCACUGAGUAGGUCGAAAGCAGAUUCUGUCAACAAGCAAUCUGAUGGUUGCUCAGAAUAUCCUCCUGCUUCAAAUGCUGGGAUUAUAGCUAAUUCCAACAGAAGUAAGGUCUCUGGGAGUGACGACAACGAUGAUGUGUUCUCAGAUAGCGAGGGAGAGGAGACUAGUACUUCAAAGAGCAGGCAAAAUCAUGCCGCUUCUGGAGCUAGAUCUGCUGCAACUGGUCAUGUAUCCAAUGCCACUGCAGAGGAAAUCGGUAAUAUGGCACGUAGAACCGAUCAGCUCUCCCUCAGGAGCAGCGAGGAACCCACACAAAGUACUGCUUCCACAGCAACAAAUAGUGAUGUAACUGGGAAACCGGGCUCCGGCCUUAAGACCCCUAACAUGGACUCAGCAGGGGCAAGUGAUAUCAAAGCUAUUGCUGCUGAUGCUUCAGUAUUCAGUUUUGGGGAUGAUGAAGAUUUUGAAAGUGAUUGAAGCAGUAUUGAGCUUCGCUGCUGGCUGUAACUUUGUCAAAAGCACUUGUACAUGAACAAUUUUUUCAAGUAACAACGUGGAGUUGAUGAAUGUCAGGGGGCAAGGGAUAUUCAUCGAAUUCCAUACGUUCUGUUUUCAAUUUUAAUUCCCAAUGCCUUGUAAUAUGACUUCGCUACAUUGCCAUGAACAAACAUCUACUUUCACUAGUAA